CGACCCCUGAAUGUAUCAAGAUUGUUGUUCCUCAGUCUGGUGUGCAUGAAUGUGCCGACUAUUUGGAGAGUUGUUAGAUAGUUCACUACAUGUUUGACAGCAUUCUUUUAAAAGUACAGUGAUAACACAUUUUUUGGAAGUUGUCCAGACCUCAGGCUUGCUAAACGUGUUUCACGGGAGGUCUCUAGUUUGUUUUUUAACGUUUAAACUGGAAGCUAGCAGCUAGCCUCAUAUGCUAGAUAACAGCUGAGGCAGACACAGUUCAGUUUCCCCUCAAAGGGAAACGUCUUGGUUAAAGUGAGUGAAUGUGCUAAAUUCUUUGUGAUAAGGUUCAUCUGACAGAAAGGUCUAUGAUGGGCAUGAGCAGCCGGAUAGAGUGUAUAUUCUUUAGUGAGUUUCACCCCACCCUGGGUCCAAAGAUAACAUAUCAGGUCCCAGAAGAAUACAUUUCACGGGAGUUGUUUGACACAGUUCAGGUUUAUAUCAUCACCAAGCCAGAACUGCAAAACAAAUUGAUUACAGUCACUGCCAUGGGAAAAAAAUUGAUAGGGUGUCCUGUGUGCAUUGAACAUAAAAAGUACAGCCGAAAUGCCCUCCUGUUUAACCUCGGCCUCGUGUGUGAUGCCCAGACCAACACAUGUGCCCUCGAGCCGAUUGUCAAGAAGCUGUCAGGAUACCUCACAACUCUGGAAGUACUGGAAAGUGGCUUUAUAUUCAACGAGGAGAGCAAACAGAAACUUUUACCCAUAAUGUCAACCUUGUUGGAAGAACUCAACGCCACAGGAGCCUGCACAUUACCCAUAGAUGAUUCUAACACCAUGCACCUGAAGCUGAUCCAGCUGCGAAAGGACCCCCCGAUCGUCCAGGAAUACGAUGUCCCUGUGUUCACCCAGUGCAAAGACCAUUUUAUCAAAUCUCAGUGGGAUCUCACCACUCAACAGAUCCUGCCAUAUAUUGAUGGAUUUAGACACAUCCAGAAAAUCUCUGCUGAAGCUGACGUAGAGCUGAAUCUGGUUCGCAUUGCUGUGCAGAAUCUCCUGUACUAUGGCGUUGUGACCUUGGUUUCCAUUUUUCAGUACUCUAAUGUGUACUGCACCACCCCCAAAGUCCAGAGCCUCAUAGAUGACAAGUCCAUUCAGGAGGAGUGCCUCAACUACGUCACUAAGCAGGGUCAAAAGCGUGCCAGUCUCAGAGACGUGUUCCAGCUGUACUGUGGCCUGAGUCCAGGAACCACAGUCCGAGACCUUUGUUCUCGCUACUCGCAGCAGCUUCAAAGGGUUGAUGAGAGGAGGCUAAUCCAGUUUGGACUGAUGAAGGCUCUGAUUCGACGGCUGCAGAAAUAUCCGGUGAAGGUGAUCCGCGAUGAGAGAAGCAGGCCGCCCCGACUCUACACUGGCUGCCACAGUUAUGAUGAGAUCUGCUGCAAAACAGGUAUCAGCUACCAGGAGCUGGAUGAACGCUUGGAAAAUGAUCCCAACAUUGUGGUCUGCUGGAAAUGAUGUGAAUGAAGUGAAAACAGACUGAAAGAUACAGAGAUGCCUCAGCCAAAGAUGCCUUCAAGCAGUGAGAAGUGAAGUAGUAUUUUGUAAUUUUUAUGUUAGAUUUUUUUUUUUUCUUAACUAAUAUCCUCUUCAUCAAAAAUUGACAUACAGUUCUGUUUUGGUUAAGUAAGGAAGGGGAUAUUUAUAAAUAUUGUACAAAAGAAAAUAUGUGAUUAAUAAAAGAGAUUAUACCAAGGUGU